UACAGAACAAGCCCAGCCAGUUCUCUACAGGGAGCGUCUGAGACUCAAGGAAAUGACAAGAGAAUAAAACUCACAACUAGAGACUCUCCCACUGCUGCUAGGAUGAGUGUCUCUCAGGAGAGAGAGGAGGCUGCAGGUCCCAGUAAAACACCCAGACCAGAGUCUGCAGCACACAGCUGUGUGCAACAAAGCAGCAAAGCAACACACUCUGAUGGAGGCCCACAGACCCACAGACCUCCAUCUCCAGUGCCCAGCUGUGUGUCCAUGAAGAGUGAUGCGUCCAUGGGUAAUAUGCCCUACUUCAGCAGUGAACCAGCUCCAUCAGGUCUAGAGUUAAGGGCUGAACUGACCCAGGAUCUAGGACCAAGGAGACACCUGCACACUGGACAUACACCAGCCAGAAAGAGGGAACUAGAUGAGGACCUGAGGAGAGUUAUAAAGAAUCACAAAGCCAGUUUGAAGAGGAGGUUUGAGAACAUCUCUGAAGGCAUCAUCAAACCAGGAGCUGAGAUACUCCUCAAUAAGAUCUACACAGAGCUCUACAUCACAGGAGGAGAGAGUGAAGGGGUGAAUAAGGAACAUGAGGUUUGGCAGGUAGAGUCAGCGUCCAGAUCUCAAUCCACAGAAGACAUACCCAUCAACUGCAACGACAUCUUCAAGCCCUUACCUGGACAGGAGAAGCACAUCAGAACUGUGAUGACCAAAGGUGUUGCUGGUAUUGGAAAAACUGUCUCAGUUCAGAAGUUCAUUCUUGAUUGGACAGAUGGGGUAGCCAAUCAUGAUGUAGAUUUUAUGUUUCCCCUUUCUUUCCGUGAGCUUAAUUUAGUCAGGGAUCAUAGGUACAGUCUCCACAGGUUCCUGCUUGACUUCCACCCUGAGUUGAAGGAGCUGAAUGAUGGUGAAGAAUACAAAGACUGUCAGGUUAUGUUCAUCUUUGAUGGUUUGGAUGAGAGUCGGUUGACUCUGCACCUGAAGGAAAAGAGUAAGUUGUCUGAUGUGAAACAAACAUCAUCAGUGAAUGUUCUGAUGACGAGCCUCAUUCAGGGAACUCUGCUUCCCUCUGCACUCAUCUGGAUAACCUCACGACCAGCAGCAGCCAGUCAGAUUCCUGCUCAGUAUAUCAACCUGAUAACAGAAGUACGAGGAUUCAAUGACCCACAGAAAGAAGAGUACUUCAAGAAGAGAAUCAGUGAUGAGAGUCAUGCCAACAGUAUCAUCUCACACAUUAAGGCAUCCAGGAGUCUCCAUAUUAUGUGCCACAUUCCAGUCUUUUGUUGGAUUGCAGCUACUGUACUUCAGCAGAUGCUGGAAAAGAACAUUGAAGACAUUCCCAAAACGCUGACUGAGAUGUUCAUACACUUCUUGCUCAUCCAAACCACAAGAAAGGAUCAGAAGUAUCAGAGUGGAUCUGAAACAGAUACAAAGAAACUCCUCAAAUCUCAGAGGAAAAUUUUACUGAAGCUGGCAGAACUGGCUUUCAAGAAUCUAGAGAAUGGCAAUCUCAUUUUUUAUGAGAAAGACCUGAAAGAGUGUGGCAUUGAUGUCAGUGAAGCUUCAGUGUACUCUGGCAUGUGCACUGAGAUCUUCAAGACAGAAAAUCUAGAAUCUCAAAAGAAGAAGGUCUACUGCUUUGUGCAUCUGAGUGUCCAGGAGUUUCUGGCAGCUGUGUUUGUGUUUCACUCGUAUUUGGCUAAGAAACUUGAGGCAUUAAAAUGCUUCCUCAGUGAACAGGAAAGAGAUGAACUCAAUCCAUCAUUUUUAUCUAACGUUGUAUCAGCAUUUGGAGGACAAACACAAGACAACUUACAUGUUUUACUUAAGAGGGCAGUUGAUAAGGCUUUGGAGAGCCAGAACGGACACCUGGAUCUCUUCCUUCGCUUCCUGAUGGGUAUUUCUGUGGAGAGAAAUCACAAACUUCUGCCAGGUCUACUGAGCAACACACACAACAGUUCUCACAGUAUUAGGGAAACAUGUCAGUACAUGAAGAAGCUCAACAGAGAAGGUCUCUCCCCUGAACGAUGCAUCAAUCUUUUCCACUGCUUAUUUGAAAUGAAUGAUGAUUCCAUGCACAAAGAAAUUCAGACACUCUUGUCAUCACCAAAGAACAUCAAACAGAAGUUAUCUCCUGCCCACUGUUCAGCACUGGCCCACAUGCUUCUGAUGUCUGAGGAUGUGCUGGAUGAGAUUGAGCUGAAGAAAUACAACACAUCAGAUGAGGGACGCAGGAGACUGAUCCCAGCUGUGAGUUGCUGCAGAAAGGCACGACUUGCUGAAUGCAAACUCUCAGAUAAGUCCUGUGGAAUUGUGGCUGCUGUUCUACAGUCACCAAACUCCCUGAUAGAGCUGGACCUGAGUCACAAUGACCUGGGAGAUUCUGGAGUCCAUCUUCUCUCUAAGGGACUGUCUAGUCCCCACUGCAAACUGCAGACCUUAAGACUUGCUGGAUGCAAACUCUCAGAGAAGUCCUGUGGAAUUGUGGCUGCUAUUCUACAGUCACCAAACUCCCUGAUAGAGCUGGACCUGAGUCACAAUGACCUGGGAGAUUCUGGAGUCCAUCUUCUCUCUAAGGGACUGUCUAGUCCCCACUGCAAACUGCAGACCUUAAGGCUCUCUGAUUGUCUCAUCACAGAGAAGGGUUGUGGUUUUCUGGCUUCAGCUCUGACUUCAAACCCCUCCCAUCUAAAAGAGCUGGAUCUGAGCUACAAUCAUCCUGGAGAAUCAGGACUGAAGCUGUUAUCUGCUAGACUGGAGGAUCCUGCCUGUAAACUGGAGAUGCUUAAAACUGACUACGCUUCUUUACACAGAGCACGAGCACGUCUGCUGAGAUUUUCCUGUGAGUUCACACUGGACCCAAACACGGCACACAGACGUCUCCUUCUGUCUGAGGGGAACAGGAAGGUGACGCGGGUGAGAGAGCAGCAGCCGUAUCCUGACCACCCAGACAGAUUUACUGUCUCCCAGGUGCUGAGCAGAGAGCCUCUGACUGGACGCUGCUACUGGGAGUGGGAGUGGAGUGGGGACAAUGUUGAAGUGGGAGUGGCCUAUAAAAGCAUCAGCAGGAGUGAAGAUACCAGAUACUCUGCCCAGGCCUGGUGUCUGGACUGUUACAGUGACACAUACAGACCCAGACACAAUGGAAAUCAGACUGUUCUACCCGUCCCCCCCGCAGGCUCCAGGAGAGUAGGAGUGUAUGUGGAGCGUGAGGUCGGCACUCUGUCCUUCUACAGGGUCUCCUCUGAUACUCUCACACACCUGCACACCUUCACCACCACAUCCACUAGUGAGCCCCUACAUGCAGCGAUUUGGGUUCAAACUGACUCAUCAGUGUCUCUCAUCUAGAUCACAUGACACUCACACACACACACACACACACACACACACACACACACACACCUACCUCUAUACCUACCCACAUGACCUAGACACACACACACACACACACACACACACACACACACCUGUGCUUACAUACAUACAGACAAGCACUCACACACACACACACACACACACACACACACACACACACACACACACACACACACACACACACACACACACACACACACCUGUGCUUACAUACAUACAGACAAGCGCUCACACACACACACACACACACAUACACACUCACACACACACACGCACACGCACGCACGCACACACACACACACACACACACACACACACACACACACACACACACACACACACACACAAACACUUUGGAUUAGUAGGCUCAUCAGUGUCUCUGAUCACAUGACCUGCUGUGUCCUGCAGUACACACACACACACACACACACACACACACACACAUACACACUCACACACACACACACACACACACACACACACACACACACACUCACACACACACACACACACACACACACACACACACACACACACACACACACACACACACACACACACACACACACACACACACACACACACACACCACACACACCACACACACACACCUGUGCUUACAUACAUACAGACAAGCACUCACACACACACACACACACACACACACACAUACACACUCACACACACACACACACGCACACACACGCACACACACACACACACACACACACACACACACACACACACACACACACACACACACACACACACACACACACACACACACACACACACACUCACACAAACACUUUGGAUUAGUAGGCUCAUCAGUGUCUCUGAUCACAUGACCUGCUGUGUCCUGCAGUACACACACAGGAAGGUGACGUGGGUGAAGAAGGAGCAGCCGUAUCCUAAACACCCAUACAGAUUUACUCACUAUGGCGAUUUGGGUUUAUCCUGACUCCUCCUCAGUGUCUCUGAUCUAGAUCACAUGACCUACACACACACACACACACACACACACACACACACACACACACACACACACACACACACAGAAACCUAUACUCUCUCUCUCACACACACACACACACACACACCCACACACACACUGUUGUGCUAGUAGGGGCAGUUUUCAGUGUCUGCUCCCCUACAGGCCGUGCGUCCCGUUGCAUCCCGCUGAGGUGCUUACAAUUGUAGGCACGUUUUAUAAAGACAGUAUAUCUGCACCUCCACCCUCUUAUACACUUACUCUUAUACUCUUAUACACUUACGUGGCAUGGCUUACAUGUCUACCCUGACGUCCGGGCUCUCUCUCGCGCGCUCCCACCUCCCAUCCGCUCCCAUCAUCCUUUGUUCUUUGUUUAGGCUUUUGUUUAGUGAUUGAGUUUCACAAGCAUUUCUCCCCGUAUGGGAUUAAUCUUUGUCAUCUUUAAUUUAUAAUUCUUCUAUAGAGCAGGUGGUAUUUGGGUGUUGGGUUUUCACGUUUGUUAGUUAAGGUUUAGUUGUGUCUUAAUGGACCCCGGAAGACUCACGGCAAACCCUCGUGUUUUAUUUCUGGUCGGGAGUGAGGCAAGUGCAUCUUCUCCGUAGUUAUGUGUGGUCAGGGUUUUCCAUCUGUUUUGUAAACUUUGUUUAUGUCUGAAUCACUUUCAUUUAAUAAAUUAAGUUGUAUACACCGUU